GUGACGUGUACGUGACGUUGAUUGCAUUUCUGCGAAACUUUUUGCAAACUCAAUUCACGUUAUUUUAUUUCGUCUUUCAUCAUAAUCACUUGCAAAGUAACAUUGAGUAGUAUAACUAAUAAAGAUAAUUACCGUUCAUUUUAUAUUUUACGACAAUCAAAAUUAAUUUUAAAAUGUCUUUUGUGUCGCCCAUGCCUAGUCGAGAAUUCCUCUGGGAUGUUUUCCAAAGAGUUGACCAAGACAGAUCUGGUGCAAUUACUGCAGAUGAAUUACAACAAGCUCUCUCAAAUGGGACUUGGACACCAUUUAAUCCAGAAACUGUUCGUUUAAUGAUUGGUAUGUUUGACAUUGACAAAAAUGAUCCUGGUUCUUCAGGUAUGUUCGAUAAAAAUCAGAAGGGAACAGUCAGUUUUGAAGAAUUUGGAGCUUUGUGGAAAUAUGUAACAGAUUGGCAAAACUGUUUUCGAUCAUUUGACAGAGACAACAGUGGAAAUAUAGACAGAAAUGAAUUAAAAACAGCUCUCACAAAUUUUGGAUAUCGGCUAUCAGAUCAAAUAAUAGAUACACUUAUCCGUAAAUAUGACAGAGCUGGCCGUGGAACUAUUUACUUUGAUGACUUCAUUCAAUGCUGUGUUGUAUUAUAUACAUUAACUGCUGCCUUUAGACAAUUAGAUACAGAUUUGGAUGGUGUAAUUACAAUUCACUAUGAACAGUUCCUAGGCAUGGUAUUUAACCUUAAAAUAUAAAGUAUUUUUGUGCUUCAUCGAAGUUAUUCUUGCCUACCUUG